UAGAUGAUAAAGAUAUGAGACGAAGAUUCAGGGUAUCAAAUUUCCAAUCCACAACCAAGGUGAGACCCUUUUGCACGACAAUGCCCAUUGGUCUGAGUGCCGGUUGGAAUCAAGUACAAUUCAACUUGGCCGAUUUCACUAAGAGAGCUUACGGAUCGGUUUAUAUGGAGACGACAAGGGUACAAAUACAUGCCAACGUGAGGAUUCGAAGGAUAUAUUUCACCGAUCAACUACACACAGACGAUGAACUUCCUAAUGAGUUUAAACUGUUCGCUCCUGGUCCUGGUACUAAAGGAAAGGAAAGGGAGGAAAGGAAAUCUAAGGAGAUAGCACCAGAGGAUGUUCCAGCAAUCAAAAUCGAGGAAAAGGACGAGAAGAAGAAGUCC